GAGAUACUCGAUGGAAUAGCUAUCUUACUUGUUGUUCAAUUACUAAAUUUGAACCAUCUCAAUUAAAUACUUGUCAUCGACCAAAUGAUCCAUUAACUAUUUCCCAAGAUAUUUAUUCAAUUAUUAUGAAUGAAAAUUUUUGGAAAAAUUUAAUAAAACUAGAACAACUUUUAAUUUCUUAUUGUCAAAUUCUCAAUAUAUUACAAACAAAUAAAGCAAGAUUAUAUGAAGUUUUACAUGGGAAUCUUGAAAACAGCUAUUACUUAUUCUUUCUUGACUUCUUCAUCCAUUUUACUGAACAAAAUAUUUUACAUCACCAUCUUCAUCAAGAAUUAAUUAUUUACAUAUGGAAAAAUGGAAAGAAGUAUACUUUUGAUAAUGAAACAAUUCAUCAAUUUGAAAAUAAUAUAUAUAAAUAUUGGUAUUGGAUUAAAGAUAUAUAUCCAAAAAUAGGAACAGUUGCUUCUAGAAUUUUUGGUAUUUGUGCUAAUGCUAUAUCAGUUGAAAGAUUAUGGAGUAAUAUGGGAUUUUAUCAUAUCAAAAAUAGAAAUAAAUUGAAG